UCUUCCUUCCAAUAUUUCCUCUGAUCCAUCUUCAACACUUAUCAAUGGCUUGCUUAAAUAUGUCCAAAGAGGGGAACUUCAAAGAUGAACAAGGAGAAAUAUGCACUCUUGAUGGAACAGUUGAUUGGCAUGGUCGCCCUGCAAUCAAAACAAAAUCUGGUGGAUGGGUUGCUGGGACUAUCAUUCUCUUGAACCAAGGCCUAGUUACGCUGGCAUUCUUCGGUGUCGGCGUGAAUCUGGUGCUGUUCCUGACAAGGGUGCUGCAGCAAAACAACGCGAGCGCUGCUAACAACGUAAGCAAGUGGACUGGAACCGUCUACAUUUUCUCUCUGUUCGGCGCUUUCCUCAGUGACUCCUACUGGGGAAGAUUCAAAACUUGUGCAGUCUUUCAGGCCAUCUUUGUUGUAGGCCUUGUAUCACUUUCACUAUCAACAAAUCUCUUCUUGCUUAAACCUAAAGGAUGUGGAGACCAAGAGACCAAAUGUGGGAAACAUUCAAACUUAAAUAUGGCACUAUUUUACCUUGCAAUCUAUCUGGUUGCCCUGGGAUAUGGAGGGUAUCAGCCUAGCAUCUGUACAUUUGGGGCUGAUCAGUUUGACGAAGUGGACCUCAAGGAAGGGCGGUCCAAGGUGGCGUUUUUCAGCUACUUCUACCUCGCUUUGAACCUCGGUUCCCUCUUCUCCAACACCAUUUUGGUCUACUUUGAGGAUGAGGGGAUGUGGGCACUUGGGUUCUGGGUGUCCGCAGCCAGUGCAUUUGCAGCAUUAGUCCUGUUCCUUGUUGGAACUCUUAGGUACCGUCACUUCAAGCCGAGCGGCAACCCCCUCUCGAGGUUUUGCCAAGUCAUCGCUGCAGCAACGAAGAAGUGGAGAGUUGAGAUGCCACCGAGUGGGGAUGACUUGUAUGAGGAAGAUGGGAAGGAGUCAUCCAUCAAUGGAAGCAGAAAGAUUCUACACACUCAUGGUUUCAAGUUCUUGGACAGGGCAGCCUAUAUCUCAUCCAGGGAAAUGGAAGUCCAGCAGCAGGGCCACCGUAAUCCAUGGCGUCUCUGCUCCGUCACUCAAGUUGAAGAGGUUAAAUGCAUUCUGAGACUACUCCCAAUUUGGCUCUGCACCAUUAUCUACUCUGUGGUCUUCACCCAAAUGGCUUCUCUUUUUGUGGAGCAAGGUUCCGCCAUGAAAACUACUGUUUCCAACUUCCGAAUCCCGCCAGCCAGCAUGUCCAGCUUUGACAUCCUUAGUGUGGCACUCUUCAUCUUCAUCAACCGGAGAAUUCUCGACCCACUUGUGGGAAGGCUAAGGAAAACAAGUCCUAGAGGUCUUUCAGAGCUGCAAAGAAUGGGAGUCGGCCUUGUCAUAGCAGUAAUGGCGAUGGUUUCGGCCGGGAUCGUUGAAUGCUACAGGCUCGAGUAUGCCAGAAAGGACUGCACUCAUUGUGAAGGGUCUAGCUCCUUGAGCAUCUUUUGGCAAGUCCCACAGUAUGCAUUCAUAGGAGCUUCCGAAGUGUUCAUGUAUGUUGGCCAGCUUGAGUUCUUCAACGCUCAGGCACCGGAUGGAUUGAAGAGCUUCGGAAGCGCCCUGUGCAUGACAUCUAUUUCUCUUGGAAACUACGUCAGCAGUUUGCUAGUGAGCAUGGUUAUGAAGAUCUCGACUGAGGAUCACAUGCCGGGAUGGAUCCCUGGAAAUCUCAACAAAGGUCACCUAGACAGGUUCUACUUCCUCCUAGCAGCCUUGACAUCAAUAGAUUUGGUUGUCUACAUCGCCUGUGCCAAGUGGUACAAGUGUAUCAAGUUGGAAGGAAAAUGUGGAGAGAACGACAACGGAGACGAAGACGACGAGAGUGAGCCCGAGAACAGCAAACCCUGAUGAAGAGGAAAACCAGACAAGACCAGACAUGUUAAGGCCUAUGCUAGCAAAAAAAUAACCUACUACUUAAAUAAGAGAAACGGGGUAGGCACAAACACAUGGGGGAGAGUUUGGUGUUCGAAGAAAAUAGUUGGGGGAAGAGUGGGAAAAAGAUACAAGAGAAACACCCCCAAUUUGCACUCAACUUCGCUUUGCACCCAUUUCUCUGUUUCUACAUAUCACCUGACACAAAAUCAUAUUUUUUGUUCACAGUGAACUGGGUUGUGUUUGUUAGUGUGUUCGAAGAGAUGGAUAGCUUUUGCUUUAGGUCUUCAUCUUGCUACCCCAUUCUCAUUUGUUGCUUCUGCUUGCCAUAGGAUUAACAUGUGCUUCCAUUGCACAUAUUUGUGUAAGAGAUUACUUUCUCCAACGUUAAUAGAAGUAACCCUUU